UCAUCUACUGGUGAUCGAGAGAGAGAGAGAGAGAGAGAGAGAGAGAAGGAAGAUGGAGGGCGAAGGGGUUGCGCACCGGAUGGUGGAGGCGAACGGCAUCAGCAUGCACGUGGCGGAGAAGGGGGAGGGACCGGCGGUGCUGCUGCUCCACGGCUUCCCGGAGCUCUGGUACUCGUGGCGGCACCAGAUCGCCGGCCUGGCCGCCCGCGGUUACCGCGCCAUCGCACCGGACCUCCGCGGCUACGGCGACACCUCCGCCCCGUCCGCCGCGGCUUCCUACACCGUCUUCCACAUCGUGGGGGAUCUCAUCGCCCUCCUCGACGCUCUCGCCAUUCCACAGGUUUACCUGGUGGGGCACGACUGGGGCGCACUAAUAGCUUGGAAUCUGUGUCUCUUCAGACCAGAUAGAGUGAAGGCGCUGGUGAAUCUGAGCGUCCCGUUCAUGCCCCGCAACCCUGCAGGGAAGCCCACACAGCACUUCCGGUCUUUCUAUGGGGAUGACUUCUACGUGUGCAGGUUCCAGGAACCUGGAGCUAUCGAAGCAGAGUUUGCACGCAUCGGAACUGGAAAGCUGCUGCGAAUAGUCUUAUGCAAUCGUAACGCAGGGCCGCUUUUAUUAAGCGAGGUAGAUUUCGAGGCGGAGGUGGCGCUGCCAUCUUGGCUCUCGGAAGAAGACAUCGAUUACUUCGCGAGCAAGCUGGAUAAGUCCGGUUUUACCGGUCCUGUUAACUAUUACCGAUGCUUGGACUUGAACUGGGAGUUGGGUGCGCCAUGGAGUGGGGUGCAGAUACAGGUGCCGGUAAAGUUCAUCAUAGGUGACCAGGACAUGACCUAUCAUUUCCCGGGGAUAAAGGAGUACAUACAAGGAGGGGGAUUCAAGAGAGACGUGCCGAUGCUCGAGGAGGCAGUCGUCAUGGAGGGAGUAGCCCACUUCAUCAACCAGGAGAAGGCGCCAGAGAUCACCGACCACAUCUGUGACUUCAUCCGAAGGUUCUGAGGUGUUUGUUCCUUUGGUGCUCGAUCUUUACAAGCUGAGUUCUAGAUUUGGUGAAACUCUACCAAAACAGCAAAUAAAUGACCGUCUCCUUUGAUUCAA